CAUGCCGGGGAGUUUCCUCGGCUGGGAAGUUGUACUUUAUGUAUAGCACCUGUUGUGCCGUCAGUUGGCAGUCUCCAAAAACCCAACCCCGGCCGCCGCAGCGAUAUUUUAUCUCAGUCUCCACCAAGUUAUGACUCGAGACUUCUCCAGACAACAGAACCCGUGUCGGUGUUGGUCUGUGGGUACAGACCGUAUCAGGUUGCUGGACUCUCUCGCUGUCUCCGUGUGUGAGCUUUCGCUGUAAUGCGUAAAGAUCUGCUGGGAUUUACUCAGACGGAGGCAAGAACGCACCGUGGACGCGCGCUUUAGCCAAAAUGCAUCUGUGCUUCUCCAACGACCUCGUACCAUAGAUGAUAUGCCCGCAUACGGACGCUUUUACAGCUAACUCCGGGAUUAUAAUCACUUUGUCCAACUCCAACUUUCCUCAACAGCACUGGUGUCCUGUAAACGACGCGUGUGUGUGGUGAUACAAACCAUCCCGUCUACAGCGCUUUGUGAUCGCCGACCACCACUCCAUCCAAAUGAUCCUUCCAUUAAUAUUCCUUCUUGCAUCGCUUCUCCAACAAUAUGGCUCGGAAGCUGAAUCAAGUCAUGUCAGCAAGUUUAACCCUCCAAGCGUAAAGGAGCAAAACGGAGUUCAAGAUUCCCAACAGGAGAAGAUCAUAACAGUGUCUGGAGAGGGAAUGGUCCACAGCCCAGACUUCCCAAACACUUAUCCCAGGAGUACCGUGUUGGUCUGGAGACUAGUGGCGGCCAGUAACAUGAGGAUCCAGCUCACCUUCGAUGAGAGGUUCGGUCUGGAGGACCCAGAAGAUGGCAUAUGCAAGUACGACUUUGUGGAGAUGGAGGAUCCAGCUGAGAAGACCAUCCUGGGUCGCUGGUGUGGGUCACAGUCUGUACCAGCCAGUCACACUUCCAAAGGCAGUCAGAUCAGGAUCCGCUUCAUGUCCGAUGAGUACUUCCCAUCUGAGCCUGGAUUCUGCAUCCACUACUCCCUUCUUCCUGUGAGUGUGUCAGAGCCAGAAGUCCCUGCAGUUCUCCCUCCCUCCCAGCAGGGUAUAGAGGAGUUGUCAGACGCUGUGGCGGGCCUGAGCACUGUGGAGGAGGUCAUGAAGUACCUGGAGCCGGAGCGAUGGCAGCUGGAUAUGGAGGAGUUGUACAAACCUACAUGGCAUGUGCUGGGGAAAUCCUUCAUCCAUAAUAAGAAGGCCAGAGGAGGAGCCGAUCUCAAUCUGUUGAGGGAGGAAGUUCGACUGUACAGCUGCACCCCACGCAACUUCUCUGUAUCCUUGCGUGAGGAGCUGAAGAGGACAGAUGCCAUUUUCUGGCCAAGCUGCCUCCUGGUGAAGCGCUGUGGCGGAAACUGUGCCUGCUGCUCUCACCGCUGCUAUGACUGCCAGUGUGUUCCCGCCAGGGUCACGAAGAAAUACCAUGAGGUUCUACUGUUGAAACACCGAAGCGGUGUCAGAGGCCUGCAGAAGUCCAUGACUGAUGUGGCCUUGGAGCACCAUGAAGAGUGCGCCUGUGUGUGUAAAGAUGACUUGGACUGACCUCAGACAUGUGUAAUAGCUGCCACUGGAACCACACAGGACUUUAGAAAUGAACCUCUGCCGCUGUUGCAAUGUUCUGUAUCUCAUCCACUUCCACUGGGAGCUAACAAGAUUGUCCCUUUUAUCCUGUUGUCCUUUCGCUAAUUGGAUGAAGCAGAACAGACUGGAAUCUAAUAAAUCUUCCAAAUGGAUUUGACUGCUGUGGAAUACCAAUAGUGUGCUCUGAGUGCAUUUUAGAGAGACAAAAAUUCACCGGAGCAGAUCUGGACUAUUACCACCGUGCUCUGAAGACUAUUUUCUUCAGCUCACAGAUAAGAACAUUGAGGUGUUUUUGCCUCUUCUUGAGGUCUCUUUUAAAGUUCAGCCAGCGUGGGCUGAUAGUGUCAUGGAAAAUGGGAGCUUCUUUGUUCAAGUACUUUAUAAUGUGUAUAAGUGAGCUGGCUCCAGCUGCCUUACUUCCUCUGCUCCUGUAUUAUUACCAUCAUGGCAGAAAAGAAAGGUGCUUUUUCAUGAGCAGUUUUCCUUUGCGGCCCUCUUAUUUCACCACAGAUUAAAUCUUCUGCAACAGUAUCGCUGACAUGCCUUGCUAAUGAGACUUUAUUAUGUGUAAAUAUUUCAUUUACAAUUCUUUUCUGUACUAUUGUGCCUUUUCUACCAAAGAUUCUCAAGAGAAGAAAGACGUUGCACAUGUAGAAUCAGGUUUCAUUCGACCCAUCUCAGCAAACUCACAUCUGCUUCCUUCAGGAAUACCUAGCGUCACGCAAUUUUUGCUACAUUUGAGAUUACGCAUAUUAAAUAUUUAUUUGCUUGAUGAAAGGGAAAUUUAGGUCCAAAAUGCCUUGUUUGCUACAUGUGUCACUGUACAGUACUAUUAGCAGUUUUCAUUCUUUGUCAUUUUACAUUGCCAUUGUGUCAUGGAUGUUUUGUUUUUUUCAUUUUCUGUAUGCCAAAGUUAUUUAUCUCUACUUUUGCAAUAACUGUUUGUGUAAUUCAGUGUA